CAGCAGGGGGCGCCGCUCCCCUCCAGCAGGGGGAGCCGCUCCCCUCCAGCAGGGGGAGCCGCUCCCCUCCAGCAGGGGGCGCCGCUCCCCUCCAGCAGGGGGCGCCGCUCCCCUCCAGCAGGAGGCGCCGCUCCCCUCCAGCAGGGGGAGCCGCUCCCCUCCAGCAGGGGGAGCCGCUCCCCUCCAGCAGGAGGCGCCGCUCCCCUCCAGCAGGAGGCGCUGCUCCUGUCAGAGUGAAGCCAGGACCAGAAGGUCACAGCUCAGGGUCAGCUCUGACCUUCAACUGUGACCUCACAGGUGAGCGAGUCAUCUGCUGUCUCGUCCAAUCAGAUUCAGACACUGCUCAAUCAAUCAGCUGGGAGGAUUUCCUCUGGUUUUGAUGGUCUGGGUCUGGGUCUGGGUCUGGGUCCAGAACAAACUCUGCUGGGUUCUGAGCAUCUCAGACCUGCAGUCCUUCCUCUGAUUGGUCGGUUCAGACUUUCCUCUCUGAACACAGAAAUCCAGGUGUGAGAUCACCUGAGCUGCUGCUGAAUGUUUGAUGGAGUCUGUCCGAGUCCAGCACCUGAGACACCUGAGACACCUGGACAGAGCCAGUGUGAGGACGCAGAGAGGCUUCAGCAGGUGAUGCCAGGAUGUCUGAUGGGAAGCAGAGAACUCUGUCCACCUCUGGAGAGUCUUUGUAUCAGAUCCUGGGUCUGGAGAAAGGCUGCAGCCAUGAAGACAUCAAGAAGUCCUACAGGAAGUUGGCCCUGCGGUUCCACCCGGAUAAGAACCCGGACAACCCGGAGGCAGCGGAGAAGUUCAAGGAGCUGAACAGCGCCCACGCUGUCCUGUCCGACCUCACCAAGAGGAACAUCUACGACUCGUACGGCUCGCUGGGACUCUACGUGGCCCAGCAGUUCGGAGAGGACAACGUCAACACCUACUUCAUGCUGUCCACCUGGUGGGCUAAGGGUCUGUUCCUGCUCUGUGGGAUCCUGACCGGCUGUUACUGCGGCUGCUGUCUCUGCUGCUGCUGCAACUGCUGCUGUGGAAAACUUAAACCACACCCCACUGACGAGGGGGCGGAGCCAGAGUACGUCUCGCCAGAUGACCUGGAGGAGGAGAUACGCAACAAUCCUGAUAAUGAUGCUGAGACUCCAAUAGUCCACCAGCCGACCAGUGCCAGUGAGAAAACGCAGCUGAUCGGGGAUGACCACCGCAGAUACACCUGAAGCCCAACAGGAAACGCAUCACAGGGUUAAUUCUGACCUCUGUGAUGCACCUACGGACCACCGACACACCUAUCAUUUGAUGUCAAACCUUCAGACUGAAACAUUUGACUUGAAUCUGAGUUUAACAAUAAACAUGUAAACAAACCACCUGAAGGUUUCUGGAAACAUAAAAAAAACUUUUUUUUCGUGAUUUUCAUUAAAUUAAAUUCAUGCUUUGAUUGGAUGUUGGAGGCGGAGCUUAAAUAUUUAGGCAGUUCCCACACAUUUUAACCAACCAAUGUUGUAAAUAACGAUGUUUGCUGUUGUUUUCUUGUUUGUUUACACCUGUGUUGAUGUGACAACACCUGGAGACUUUCAUCUAAAUAAAAGGUUUAAGUCUG